AUGACAUCCGGGUGUUUUGCUCUUGGUCUCUUCGGUCAAGUUGUGAUCGGUCCGCCAGGCAGUGGUAAAUCGACCUACUGUUCUGCAAUGCAAGAAUUUCUUGCAGAACUAGGCAAAGUGGUGGUUGUGAAUCUUGAUCCGGCCAAUGAGGAGUUACCGUACAGCUGUGAGGUUGAUCUGCGUGAUCUCAUCACCUUGGACGACGUGAUGGAGGCGUUGCAAUUAGGUCCUAAUGGAGGACUCCUCUACUGCAUGGAGUACCUCUACGCCAACCGCCAGUGGCUCGCUGAGCGUCUGCGCCCAUUCAGGCAGCAGUCGGUCAAGACAUACCUCAUCUUUGACUGUCCCGGUCAGGUGGGUGACUUUAGUACCUAUUCUUUUCUUGAAAUUGCAACUUUAAUGGUACCAUUUACUGCCCCUCCAAGUUCCGCUCAUUCACAUUACCUGAUUUCUGAUUCAGUUUCUGCCAUAAGACCUACCGUAUAUGUGGUCUCAUUGCAGGUGGAGCUGUACUGCAACAAUACGGCCUUCCGCAAGCUUCUUACUUUCCUCACUCACACCCCUACAUCAAAUAGCAGUCUCACAGACCCGCGUUCGGGCCUGGGUCUGCGACUGGCCGCGGUGCACCUGGUAGAUUCUCACUACUGCACUGAUGCGGGUAAAUUUAUUUCGGUGUUGCUCACCUCCCUGGUCGCUAUGCUCCAGCUCUCCCUGCCUCAUGUUAACGUUUUGAGCAAAAUCGAUCUCGUUGAGCUCUACGGUCAGCUCCCCUUUAAUCUGGAUUUCUUCACCGAGGUCCUCAAUCUCUCCCACCUCGUUGAACAGUUGGAGGACGAUUUAUUCUUUGCAAAAUACAAAAGGAUGAAUCAGGCUCUCGCUGACCUCGUGCAGGACAGAUCUCUUAUCACAUUUCAGAUUUUGAAUGCCCAGGAUCGAACCCUGCUUCAUCGGGUGAUGCAGUGCGUAGACAAGGCGAACGGUUACGUCUUUGGCAGGGAGGAGCAGCAGUCACUGCAGGCGCUGCUCUCCUGCGCCGCUGGUGCCGAAUUCACCAACGAUCUCGUCUGCAUGGCUCAGGAGCGCUACACCUCCCGAUCUCUUCACAGGGACUGA